CGACUUCCUCACUUUACACACCACAAAAAUAUCCACAAACAGAGAGAGAAGUGAUAAGAUCUGGGGGAGUGAGAGAAGCUGAGAGAUGAUGGAUAAAAGCUGUCAUUCCUCUGGUGACUCUACUAGUAGCAGUAACACCACCACCACCAACUCCAACAACAACAAUAACAGAGAUCAAUACAUCAGACAUCUCAACAAAAUCUCUCACAGGAUCUCUAAACCCACCAGGAGACCCACUUUUGAUCACCAGCAGCAGCAGCAGCAGCAGGAUGAUGUUAUUCAACAACCACCGCCACCGCCACCGCCGCCGCAGCAGACGCAGAAUCUACCGCAGCAGCCGCCGGUGUACAACAUCAAGAAGAGCGAUUUCAGAGAUGUGGUUCAGAAGCUCACUGGGUCUCCGUCUCACGAGCGUUUCUCUACUCCUCCCCCUAUUCACCCACCCAAGCCUCCUAGCUCUCGUCUCCAGCGAAUCCGCCCUCCCCCUCUCGCCCCAAUUACCAAUCGCCCCCCUCCCUCGCUAAACAACGCCGUCCCCCCACAUCCACCACCACCAACUCAGAGCCAGCUGGCGCCUCUCUCUCCUCUUCCGCCGUUCCCGGCUGUGCACGCGGCGGCUGAAUCGCCGAUCUCCGCCUACAUGCGCUUCCUCCAGAGCUCAUUCGAUUCCGAUCCGAAGAGAUUCCCUGGACUCUCGCCUCUAGCCCCCCUGGUUUCUCCUCGGUGGAACAAUCUCCCUCAGCCGCCGCCACAGCAGCAGCACGUUCUUCCGCCACCGACAUCAGGUUCCAUGGCUCAAUCACCCUUUCCGAUGCCCUUUUCGCCCCUGCCUUUCGGUUGCUUUCCUUCGCCGCGGUCUCCAUAUCAUCUGAUUUCGCCUUCGACGACCGGUCAAUUAGGGUUUCAACCGUUUCCUCUGUCGCCAACUCUACCAGUUCCGAGCCCUAGGUGGAAAGAUCUUUGAAAUGGUGUAGAACUCCACACUCCAAGAGUUGGAAAGGAAAGUCUUUUUAGGGUUUGUAAGCGUUAUACAUAUGUGUGUAUGGUGGGGGUUUAAAUUCAAUGGCCAGUUGUUGGAGAAAUUGAUAGCUGACACCUGACCUGGUUAAUUAGAGUGUUUGUACUGUAAAUGGUUGUUGGUUGUUUUUACAUUACAGCUAGAAAUGUUUAGAAAAGGAUCCUGGGUUUGUUCUUUCUUUUUUGUUUCUUGAUUCAAAUUUGGAGUAGACAGUAAUUGGAAUUCUUCUGUUUUGUUGGGAUGCGGUAGUGAAAUAGAUAUAUAAACUUGUAGUAGUUCUCUUUA